UCGAGUACACCUGGCCAUUUUUUUCCAUUUCUUUUCGGAGACUUGACUUCACAGAUUUUGAGAAUGACUACCAUGUGGAAGCUGGUGGCUCUUGCAGCUGCGGUUGUGACGGUUUCAUCUUCGGCCAUAAUGGAGACCGAUCUGAGAGUCCUGCCGUCUAAGGAGGAGCAGCUGUUAGAACUGUUUAGUGAGGACUUGGCUGAGAUGACCCCACAAGAAAUCGCCCAGUUUCUCCUUAUCGACUCUCAGUUUGUUAGUGCUUCAGAAGUCACGGGUGAAGGAGUUACAGGUAAAUGCACGCUAUCUAGAGAAGCACUCUCAGCGGAGUGCUGCGCCACACUGUCUUUCAAGAUCUUCUGGAAACGCCACACUAUCAAUGCAUGCGCUUUCGUCCAGGUUCUUAAAGAGGUAUAUGGUCUUCACCUCAAAAUAACUGCCCUUGGUAAAACGCUUUACGACGAAGAAGUGUCAGCUCGUGAACCACCGGCCAUUUGCCUAGGCGUCCCUAAUAUAAAACUGGUUAAAGUCUGCCUGGACUUCCAUGAAGUCCAAUGGAGUAACGGCUUCCAUGCAUGCGUCAAUUUCGAAGUUCGUGUCCCUUUUAAGACCCUGUUGGAUGUUCGUCUGGGAUGCGUUGACUUCUGAAUUGGUUGACCUAAUUUAGCAACCGUUAAAUAAGACACUUCGAUCGUAAUUAUUCCAUCAAUAUUAGAUUAGACUAACCUGCAUGUUUUGCUUCUCAAGGCUAUUAGAGUGUAACUGGCACAACGCGUGUAUGCUAUAUAGAUAAGU